AUGUCAACUACUAUCCCUGCUAAAGCAUACGCUGUUGAUAGUGCAACAUCACCGUUUAAAUUAUUCAAUUUUGAACGACGUGCACCACGAGAUGAUGAUGUAGUGAUUCGUAUUCAUUAUUGUGGUAUUUGUCAUACGGAUAUUCAUCAAGUUGAAAAUGAAUGGAAAAGUUCAAAGUAUCCAUUAGUUCCUGGUCAUGAAAUCACCGGUGUUGUUGAACAAGUUGGUUCGAAAGUGAAGCAUUUCAGUGUAGGAGACCACGCAGGAAUUGGAUGUAUGGUGGAUUCAUGUCGUCAAUGCAAACCUUGUAAGAAAGACAUGGAACAAAACUGUGCAGAUACAUGUUUAACAUAUUCAAGUACUGAACUUGAUAAAAUAACGCCAACAUAUGGAGGUUAUUCGAACGUCAUUGUUGUUCGAGAACAUUUUGUUUGUAAAAUUCCGAAGAAUUUACCAUUGGAUGCAGCAGCACCAUUACUCUGCGCUGGUGUUACAACUUAUUCGCCAAUGCGUCGUUUCAAUGUUGGAAAAGAUACAAAAUUAGGAGUCGUCGGUCUCGGUGGAUUGGGUCAUGUGGCUAUCAAAUUAGGUGCAGCAAUGGGCGCACAUGUCACCGUUAUUUCUACCUCGGAAUCGAAACGCAAUGAUGCAAUCAAACUUGGUGCAAAAGCUUUUGUUGUUUCAAAAGAUAGUGAACAAAUGAAAGCAAUUGAAAAUUCGUUGGAUAUUAUCAUUGAUACUGUGUCAGCAACACAUGAUGUCAAUACUUUAAUUAAAUUAUUGACAGUAGAAGGAGUUUUUUGUUUAGUUGGAGCACCAACGAAACCGUUGGAAAUUAAUGCGUUUUCUCUCAUUCGAAAACAACCAGUUGUGACUGGAAGUUGCAUUGGAGGAAUGAAAGAAACUCAAGAAAUGUUGGAUUUUUGCAGCAAACACAAUAUCACCUGUGAUAUUGAAAAGAUCGAAGCAACACCUGAAACAAUCAAAACUGCUUAUGAUCGAACAGUCAAAGCCGAUGUCAAAUAUCGUUUCGUUCUCAAUAUGUUAGACGCAUUUAAAUAA